AUGGGCUCGCUUUCGCGCAGGCUUGUACAAGCACAAUUGUGCGAGGGCCGGCCCGUCGCCCUCCCGGCCCCCGACCAUUUCGUAAGCCCGGCCCGCAAUUUUUUUCUAGUCGGAAAUCAAGUUUUUUUACGACAAAAAUUACGUUUUUGGUCAUUUUUUCACUAAUAGUUUAACAAAGACUAUGAUUUCAGAAGUAAAAGCCACAUUUCGGUGAAAAUGUUUUUAAAUAAAACUUUAAAUUUUUAUUGAAGCUCGGCCCGGCCCGGGCCCACGCGGGCUUUUUUCCUGAAAAUGAAGCCCAAAGCCCGGCCUGACGCACAAGCCUGCUUUCGAGUUCCCUUUUGGAACCUGUUCCAAACAUGCUCAACAGUUGUUUUUCAACCGUUCAACUAAUUCAACCGAUCAACAGUUGGAAAAAGUUUUUGGGUUAAAAUUUGAAUAUUCAACCGUUCAACUGUUGAAAUAAGUCGUUCAAAGUUAAAAUAAGAAAAAAACUGAAUAGUUUCUUCCAAUGUUCGCUGUUGUGCAGGCGUAAAGGACUCCAAGGCAGACGUACCGCGCUCAGCAGGAUCUCUGAACAGUGGAGGAACUUUGCACCGUGUUGUGUACCGUGCUUUAUUCAGUGCGAAGGGUGUCAGAAGCGGUUGACCUAUUUCUGUUAAAUUGGCAUGCCAGCGCGCAGUUCCUUCGACAAUCGGUUGAAUUCUAUACAUUGUCGAAGUGCUAUAGAACUGUAGAUUAUGUUGCCAACAAGUUUACGUGCUCUCUAAACUGAGGCACGCGCGCUGACCUGCCGUUUCUUUUUAGACAAGUGCGCAGGUCUACCGUUAUUAUUCUGAGAAAUACACCGCGCAAAGUGUUCGGCACCGUUCACAGAUUCUGCAUUUUUCAUCAUUUUUUUUUUUCAAAAGUUGAGCAAUUCCAACCGCUUAACCGUUAGAGAUAUAGUCUGUUCAGAUUUUGAAUGUCAAGUCGUCGCUCAAGCUCCGCCCCUAUUGGUGCGAUAAACCAAUCAGAGAGUGAGCCAUCCACAGAGUGUUUUUGAAUGACGUCAUUGCACUUGACAUUAAAAAUCUGAACAGACUAUAAGUUCAAGUAACAGUACAAAGAAAGAUCGCAUUAUCUAUUUCGAGGCAUUUCAAAAGGAUACGUUCAGGAUCAAUAUCAUUUGUUUGUCUUUUUUUCAAAUAAACAAUAAAAAAAAAUUUAGAGAGUAAAAAUUCAGAAAGCUUGAAAUUUCUUUUGAAGCUUGCUCAAAUGUAAAUUCGCGGAGUUGAACAACUUGAAAGAGCCACUGAAGGGUACUCUGCAUCUCCAGUGCGUUUCGAUAACUUCAUCGAAGAAAGUGAUGCGUUUUUAUGCAAUUUUUCUUUAUGUGAACGUAAUUUCUAUAUAUAUGAUGCUCUGUUUAAAGUAACUCUGAGAAAUUCAAAAAUUUCUGGAAAGUCAGAGCUAAUUUUGAACUUUGCGGAAAUUACUUUGAACAAUGCAUACACAUGAAGAGAAGAUGUAUAUUCCAUAAUGUGCCAAAAUCUUGAUGCGAUGAAGUACAAAAAACUUAAAUAUUUUUUUUAGCGGGAUUUUCGUUCUUUGAUUCAAAAUCGUCAGUUUUAGCGGGCCCCGCCCCCCUGAACAUCUAACGUUUGUUGUUAGUGACGUCACCGCUCCUUGCGUAUAUAUAGUCAGUCGCUCGUCUUUCACUGGCGCAUUCGGUGAGUCGCUUUUGUCUGAAACAAUGGGAUUUCCUUGGGUAAAAUGUUCGCUUUUUCAAGCUUUCUUGCUCAGGAACUUGAUAAAAAAAGAAUCUGGUUGUUACCCUCUGUAAGAAUUGACUUUAUCGGCCAAACUAAAAGGUAUUUCCUAUUUAUCCCAAAUAUUUAUUCUAAAAAGUAUUGAAGUAUACGUUCACAAAGAAAAUUUAGGCUUGGAUACAAAAUGUCUGCGUCUGGUAGUAAUACCAUUGUAAGUUAUGGUUCAACUGAAAUUAAAGAAAAUAGGAAUUUUAGGCGGAUAUAUACCGAUCUGUCAUAAGCGAUGUAAUAAAUCAAGUGAAAGAAGCUUUUUUGGACGAAAACGUCGAUGUCGAUAUCCUUUCGCAGCUGAAAAAGGUUCUUUUAUCCACGUCAAAGAUAGAUAUGUUAUCAGUAUAUGUAGGAAUGGGAAGACAAAGUGAAUUCGAGUGGUUGCGUCGAGUUGGAAGCUCCUUUGCGUCCACAACACGUCGCCCCUCCGCCGAUGCGAGUUGUCAACCAAAUUCCGCAGACAACUCGAAUGUCAAUUCCAACAACCGCACGUCUACAGCCUGUCCAACAGCAAGUGUGUCCUUCAUCAGUGGAAGUCAUGAAAACUAAUGCUAGUAGUCACAUUGAUUUUUUUUUUAAAUAGCGCACUCAAAAUCAAAACAUUUAAAUUUUGAAUCCGCACUGCUUUCGCCUGCCGCGUUCAAAGCUAUAACGACACACGCGACGGAACAGUUUUUCUGGUUAAACGGCUCGGGCCUAAACGCGGCUACCGGGCAGCUACUUUGAAAUGAAUCGGAGCUAGCCUUCCAGUGGUCUUUUAUUCAGAACCAGUGUUUUUUGUUAACCAAAACUUUGUUAGCUAAUUCUAGAAAAAGAAAGCUACUCCGUAGCAAUCGCAAAUGUCAGGCAGGAUAGCGAUAACCACCAGAUGUAUACUCGGUAGUAUCCAAAUACUAGAGAUAGUACCCGACAGCUAAUGAACGACCACUGAUUAGUUAACGCCGGUUCAUUUUUGAAAUAACGACCCGGCACUUGUAUUCUCCUACUUUUUAUUGAAAAUAGCAUCAAAGAAUAAAGAGAAAAAAUUUCAAUAGUUUGAAAAUUUUGUUUAUUUAAUUUUUUUGAGAAUCUUAUGCAAGAGCAACGGCUUCAAAUGCAGUACACACAGCCACCGCAGCAGCAACAACAACAAAUGGGUUCAUUUCAGGUGACUCGAAACCUACUCACAUUAUUUCAACCAGUAUGCUUCUAGAAAGGAUAUCGUCAAUAUAUUAUCCUAUAUUUCCUAUGGUUAAACGAUGGAUUUCAGAUACAGCAACAUAUCGCUCCGCAGCAGAUGAAUCAGAUUCGAAUGUUGUCUCAAAUUCCGGGUCAGCAGUACGUCAUCGCCAACUCCAACGGUCAACCUAUUCAUGGACAAGUUAUGAUUGUUCAAAAUGUAAAUGGUAAGGUUUCUAUUUUUGUUCGUCAUUUUUUUCUUUUUCGACAAACUCAUGGAAACAUUGAAAAUUUUUUGAAAGUCUUAUUUAUGUUAUGUUUGUAGGACAACAUGUUCCGGUGACGAUUGGGCCUAACGGAGUGAUCCAGCAGCAGCCACAGCGUAUUAUUCAACAGUCUCAACUUUCACAUCAAAAUAUUCACCAGUUGGACGGCAAUGGAGAUGUUUCUGAGCAGGUUGUUUGAUUAAAAUCUACAGGCUAACUGAAUUUUUCAGACUCCGGUUCCUCUCAAAAAAUCGGCUAGAAGGGCCCAGAAAAAAGCGAAAGGUAUUGAAUAUUCUUCGUUUUUCUUCCAAUAACAUCUUUAAGACGAAGAAGCUGUGAAAGUUUUGAGCGGGUUGUUGAAAUGCGUUCAAUUGGACGGCGGCGGUGGCGGGAUGUCGGAUUCAUCCAGUGAAGACGAAGACGUACACUUUUUCUCCAUAACUUAAAGCUCUUUAUUUCGUACAAUAAUCUUCAUUCAAGUUAAAAUCAAUGAAAAAAAAAAUGAGAUAAGAAAAAAAAAAACUCGACGGAUGAGAGGGACUUGCAAGGAUGGUUCCUUAGUUUACACACUGAAAUUUUCUCCGAUAGUAGGCCUAAACAUUUUUGGAUGUACGAGCGGAAAAUUUUUAAACUCGAAGUUCGCACGAUUUCCUAUUUUUAUUAAAGUAAAAGUUUAUGACAGACAAAUUUCGAAAGGUUUUUACGGUUUUUUUUUUGAUGUUGAGAGCUUUUUUUUUUAGCGAAAUGAGAUGCACUGGUUCUAAAACUUUCGUUUGCUGCGUCAAAAAGUAUUAUAAACGUUCUAAGUGGAGUCAGAGUGCCAAGUAGAUUGAACUCUUUCCCACCGAAGAUAAAACGGAUCGCAUUUCUGUGGGGUUUUCAUAAUUUUUUUUCCUCUGGAACCAACAUAUCGCCCUGAAAAGGUUAAAAUGAGCGAAAAAAGUUAAUUUGAAGAUAGAAGAAGAAGACGAUCCACUCCGACGCAUCGCGGACCGCAUAGGAGACGGUGAAGUUGAAGACGGAGAUCAAAUUGCCGAGGAAGAUCCACUCAACUCCGACGACGAUCAGUCCGACGACGAGGACUUGUCAAUUCUUUUCGACGCCGAAAAUGUUGUCAUGUGUCAGUUCGAGAAGGUUCUUAUCUCUAUGAUUAUUUAUCUUAUAAAGUUUUCUCUGCAGGUGAACCGCGCGAGAACCAAGUGGAGGUUCCAGCUGAAGGAUGGCAUAAUGCACAUUGACAACAAAGAUUACUGUUUCCAAAAAUGUAGUGGCGAAGCCGAAUGGUGA